UGCGCCUCUCGCUUCUCGCUCGCGUCGGGCAGUCCUCGGAGAGCGGGCUUCAUUCCGAUGCUCCGAGCAAGACGGGGAAGUCGUCCUCCCUCGGGUGAGCAGCUCGGCGAUCGGCACUGGACCGCCAUCCAUCAUGCUCUGAUUUCGGACGCCGGCUCGUGGCAGCAGCGGCGGGGGCAGUGAGCGGUCGCUAUGCUCACCACGGCUCGUACAGUUUGUUGUCGCAGCAAGACGAGGCAUGUCGUGAUAAGGAGCGAGCGGCACGGCUGAAUAGAUGAAGCCUUUCGUGAACUAGGUCGACACCCAUCAUCACCGCUGUCAUGCGUAACGGAGUUGAAACGCACACCGAGGACUGCCUCUUUCACCAGUGUCGACGUUUCGCCGAAUGUCAUUAGUGAGUUGCGUCAUGAUGUGACACUAACUGUGUUUCGCUUUUUCACGAAUGGGUGCCCAAUGUUUGUGGCGCUAAAAACGUGAUAAUUUGUCCUCGCUAUCCUGCAUUGUACUCGAACUGAACAAGUUGCCGCUGAUGAUCUUAGAAAACUGGUAAAUAUUCAUUAGCGUUUUCAUACGCGUCCGUCACCUACCAGUACAACAACACUCAUUACUGCUUUUAACAUCGUUCCGGUGCGCGCGUAUCUUCUAGAAAGUUAACUCAUUCGCAUUUCUCAACUAGACGUUCAGUGUAUGGUAGUGCAAUCUGCUCGUGCAAUAACAGUCCUCUCAAAAGGGAACUUUGGACGUUAAGCGAGAUAUAGACCCACGCAUUCCAGUUAAUUAUUCCCCCUAAACUUACCAAUGAUACUCAAAGGCACAGUGAAGCCCGUCGAGAAACCAGACAACUUCGUAGGCGAGCAGCAUCCGAUACCCCCUGAAAAGAGUCAGCACGUCCACGUCCUCUUCAGCAAGACCUCAUGGCCGGUAUCUGUUGUCUGGACCCUGCUGUCCUUUCUGGUGGCCCUGACGAGCCUGGUGAGCCUGGUGCAACCCGAAUGGCUAGUUCGCGAGCAGAACGACGUCCCAAGACCGUUCUUGACGUACGAUCCGGACACGCUGGUCUACAUGCUCGGACUUUACGGAGUGUGCUACAAGGACACAGACGUCCUGGUGACCGGCAGCGCCUUCUGCUUCAGCUUCGAAGGUUCCUCGGGCGACCUGGGCACGGGACAGUUCCCCUCGACCACGUGGCGACUGAGUUUCCUCCUGUUCGGUUCGGGAUGCGUGCUGUUCACCACCAGUUCCCUGUUCGCCAUACUGUCGCUGGGACUCUUUGGGCACCACAGGAGGAGGUUCGCGGCCCGGAUCAUUGGGCACGCCCAAGGCGUGGCAGUGUUGCUACAACUGACCGCGCUGCUCGUUUUCCCGUGGGCCCUGGGCACACCGUUCGCCGAGGCUCACUGCGGCCCGGGCACCGGACCUUACCAGCAGGGAAGGUGCCGUCUGGGCUGGGCAUCGGUGCUGGCCAUCAUCAGCACGCUCCUGGGAGUCUACUGCCCGCUGCUGGCGCGCUUCACCACGUACCGGGUCUACACUUCGUGCCCGUGGGAGCUCCUCUAG